UUACAUGUUUCUCGCAAAUCAUACGUCAAAAUCCAUUCUGGAGUGUGUAUAAUAUGAGUGUGAUGCAGUAAAAAUGCGUACAAAUGUGUCAUUCAAUUCAUUACAUUGAUUUGGUUUAUUGCUUUUAAUUAAAACGGUCGACAAAUUGUGUUUAACUCGCAGUUUAGAUACUUUUGGCAACACCAGUGGCAUUUUAUUUUCAUUUGUUCAAUCGAAUUUUCGUUCUGUAAAUUGAACCAAAUUCUUUGACUAUUCGUGCUAUUGGUAAAAAAAUCAAGCAGAUUUUUCAAAAAAAUACCAAAAAACAAUGGCUUUUAUUGUAAAUGACGUUGCAUUAUCACCGGGACCAAAGACACUUUUAUUCGAUAAACACGUCGAAUAUAUUGCAAACCAUGGAAAUGAUCAAAAUGAUUUUGAAUAUUGUAUGACCGAAUUUUUGCGAAUGUCCGGCAUUUAUUGGGGCGUUACCGCACUUGAUGUUAUGGAUCACUUGGAGAAAAUCGAUCAAGCAUCAAUCGUUGAAUUUAUUAAAAAAUGUCAGUGUCCAGUAUCAGGCGGUAUUUCACCCUGUGAAGGCCAUGACCCACAUAUUUUGUACACACUGAGUGCGGUUCAGAUUCUUUGUAUCUAUGACCGUUUACAAGAAAUUGACUUGGAAGCAGUGGCCAAAUAUGUGAGCGGACUUCAGCAACCGGACGGUAGUUUCUUUGGUGACAAAUGGGGCGAGGUUGACACACGAUUUUCAUUUUGUGCCGUUGCCAUUUUGACAUUAAUCCAUAAAAUGGAUGUGAUCAAUUUACCAAAAGCAAUUGAGUUUGUGAUGUCAUGUUGUAAUCCAGAUGGUGGUUUCGGUUCAAAGCCGCACGCAGAAAGUCAUGCUGGUUUGAUCUACUGUUGUGUUGGUUUUUUGUCAUUGACCCAGCAAUUGCAUCGUCUCGACGCUGAAAAGCUGUGUUGGUGGUUGUGUGAGCGUCAAUUGCCAAGCGGUGGUUUGAAUGGACGUCCAGAGAAGCUACCCGACGUUUGCUAUUCGUGGUGGGUGUUAUCAUCGCUAACAAUUAUGGGCCGAUUGCAUUGGAUUAAAGCCGACCAGCUAGAGCAGUUUAUUUUGUCUUGUCAAGAUAACGAAACCGGUGGUUUCAGUGAUCGAACGGGCAAUUUACCGGAUAUUUUCCAUACACUUUUCGGUUUGGCCGCCCUGUCAUUGCUAAAAGCCGACAAGCGCCUUAAACCUAUCAAUGCGACACUUUGUAUGCCACAGUAUGUCAUCGAUCGUCUGGGAAUUAAACCGCAAUUUUUAUAAAUUUAAAUAUAUUUAAACAGUUUAGCGUUUAGGUGAACGAUCCGAUAGAUGGAUUUUAAACAAUUUCUUUAUUUUAACUAUUUCCAAUACAAAGACGAAAAAUUGAGAAGAAGAACAUACAAAUAACAAAAUUAUUUCUCUUUGUUUUGCACUAAACAAAAAAAUCAUUUCCAACAAAUAAGAAUUGUAUUAUAUGAAUUGAAUUUGAAUUGUAUUAUUGAACUGCUGAUUACACUGUUUAUUAUGUAUAAAAGAAAAACAUUGCAGUUAAAUAUAGAGUAAUAAAAGAAAACAAAAACGAAA